AAUCGAAAACGGGUCGGGUGUCCCUUAUCAUGCCAUGGCCACCCUGAGAGCUGUGCUAUCUGCGCACCAUGGCCUGGGCUACCUGGCGAUCCACGCCGGGCAGUUCGGAGCCCAGCCACUGCUGUCGCGGCGCUUCGUGGUGCCGGGCACGCCGGCCGCAUCGCUCGUUCUGGGCGCAGAAGUCGCCAAGGUGAUUGGCUGCAUGGGCAUGCUGAAGGUGGAAGGGCGCAUGGAAGAGGCCUUGAAAGAUUGGUCUUUCACUGGGUUCCUGUGGGCCGCAGGAGUUCCGUCCCUGACGUACUUGGUGCAGAAUUUGUGCUUGCAGGUGGCGUACCAGCGGCUGGAUGGCAUCGUGUUCAACAUUUUGAACCAAACAAAGAUGCUCUUCACAGCCUUCUUCGUGUUCCUCAUCGUGGGCCGGCGGCAAUCGGUGGUCCAGUGCUUGGCCUUGCUGAUUUUGACUGCAGCUGGAAUGUUGGUAAGCUACUCGGAAGCUUCGAAAAUGGCCGAGUCACGAAGCUCGGCUGAUGGCUUCAUCGUGGGCUCGUUUUGCAUUCUGCUGGGUUCAGCACUGUCAGGCCUGGGAGGUGCUAUUGCGGAAUGGAUUCUGCAGAGGAAGCGCCGGGACAGCUACCUCUUCAGUUCGGAGAUGGCGGUCCUCGGCAGUGUCAUCCUGCUGGUGCGUCACGCCGUCGACCCGACAGGCGAGGGUCUCUUUCACCGUUGGACGCUGCUCACGUUUGUCCCUGUGCUCACACAGGGCUGGGGCGGCAUCGUUGUGGGUCUCAUUGCCAAAACUUCUGGCAGCGUCCGGAAAGGCUUCGCAGUCAUGGUGGGGCUGAUCCUGUCCUGUGUCUUGAAGUGGCUGGUGGAGGGCGAGUCCCUGGGCUGGGCCACGCUGGUGGCCGUGCCGCUGGUGGCGGCGAGCAUCUACCUCCACGCACGAUACCCCCCAGCCGCCAAGCAGGCUUGAGGUUGCUUUGCCCCAGGGGCAGAGCCUGAGCCUUGAGCCCCAAGAGGCACCGGGGAACCAUCCGAGAAAUCAGUGAUCACUGCACA